UUUGUCACUAUAUAUAUAUAUAUAUAAGAUGAAGUGGUGAGAGAAGAAAGUGUAUAAUUUGAUGAAAUGAAGAGAAGAAGAGAUAUGGAAGUAGAGUCAACAGAAAUAACAAUUGGUAUUGAAGAACUAUCUAUGAUGAAGCUCAUCAAAGUCAAAUUAAUUAAACAUGAUCAACAACAAAUUAGUGAUGCUAAUCACCAUGAUGAUCAUAAAGAUUAUAAUUAUCAUAUUCCUACUAUGCCUUUUCUCUCUAUCUCAAAUUUAGUCCUUCAAGUUCUUGAUAAGAUAGGGCCGACAAUGGCUGUGUUGAGACAAGACAUAUUUCAAAACAUCCAAAAAUUGGAAAAGAUGCAUGAUUCAGACCCUGCUCUCUACUCAAAUAUGGUUGAGAUAUUAAAGAAAGAGGUGAUUAGUGAAGGCAAAGGAACAAAGUGUCCUAAAACUUGUAGCAAAGCUCUUCUUUGGCUCACCAGAUCCUUGGAUUUCACCUUAGCAUUGUUACAACUACUGGCUGAUGAUUUAGAGAGGAAUAUGGUCCAAGCUGUUCAAGAAUCUUACACUAACACCCUUAAGCCAUGGCAUGGAUGGAUCUCUUCAGCUGCCUUCAAGGUAGGACUAAAGCUAGUGCCAGAUAGCAAGGGCUUAAUCACAAUUCUGAAGGGAAAAGAUAAAAAUAACGAUGAUUUUAAGAAGGAAUUGCGUACCUUCAUUUCACUAUUGGCACCUUUGUUAAAAGAAAUUCACGAAGUUUUGGGUGCAUAUGGUCUUGAUAGGUUAAAAUCUACUUGAAGAUGAAAGUGCAUGCAUGUUCAAGAAAAUGUGACAAGCUAGUUGUAAAUAUGACUUUUUUUCAGAGUUCUCUAACCAUUAUCCUUUUUUUGCUUGUUAUGUAAUAUAUACAUCCCAAGUUCAGUUAUGUAAACGUACACUUCAUUUGGUACAUAUCUACGUACUUGUAAGCACCAAAA